GCUCAGGUCCUGUCAGUGUGAUGACAUUAUAAAGGAGUGAACGCCUCUGGGAGAGCAUAAUUUAAACAGUGGAGGUCCGUGUCUUCAUACUUUUGUUGUUUUGUGCAGACGAGGCGCAACAAGUUGUGUGACAUCAUGUUGGAUAACCCAGGACAACAGAACGUCAGUGUGUCGGUGCCCAGCAGCACCGACCUCCAGCCUGCAGUUGCAGACAGCACCAUCCUGUCCACAGCACGAUCCCUGUCCCCACCGGGAACUCUGUCCACAGCAGGACUGAUGGACAACGGAACUGGAAAGAAACUAAUGGAAGUUUCGGGAGCAGCUUUAUCCAAAAGAAUGCUUCUAGUCGGCGUAGACAUUCUGUGCUUCUUUCUGGCUUCCAUCCCUUUUUUUUUAGGCGAACUGAAAGUAGUGAGUCCUUACAGACGGGGCUUCACGUGUGGAGACCGUAGCAUCAUCUACCCUUACCGACAGGGAGAAGCCAUACCAGAUGACAUACUUAUUGCUGCUGGAAUUGUCACCACUGGCCUCAUGAUUGCCUUUGGGGAAUGUUACCGAGUGCAUUUCCAAGGCAUCAGCUCAAAGGCCUUUGUCAAAAAUGUCUACGUGUCCUGUCUGUACAAAGAGCUUGGCUGCUUUCUGUUCGGAUGUUGUGUUGGGCAGUCACUGACCAACAUGGCCAAACUGAGCGUGGGCCGACUGCGGCCACACUUUUUGUCAGUCUGCGGUAUCACCUAUACCUCUCUCAACUGCACUCCUGGAACCUAUGUCACAGCAGUGAGCUGUCUGAAGCUUAACCAGCGGUCAGAAGAUGAGGCCAGGAAGUCCUUCUUUUCUGGACAUGCUUCCUUUGCAAUGUACACAAUGCUCUACUUAGCAUUUUAUUUGCAGGCACGUUUUACUUGGUGCGGUGCUCGUUUACUGAGACCUUUGCUGCAGAUCUCCCUGGUUCUGUUGGCCCUCUAUACGGGUUUGACCCGCAUUUCAGAAUACAGGCACCACCCAUCGGACGUCAUCAUUGGUUAUAUGCAGGGAGCUGUCACCGCUUACUGGGUGGCCUUCCACAUUUCAUCAAUGUUUAAAAGCUCCAGGUCGGCUUUGUCACCUGAUCAGGUGGUGGACAGUCCACUGACACCUCACCACACCGUGUGCUAGUCUUCACCUCGUGCAGCUCCCACACGUACAACCACAUGACCCCUUUACCUAAAGGGAGUCCAUUUUGGAUCAACAAACUAUGUGAGGAAUGUCAGGCCAUUUCCUGUGAAGACAGACCACAAACCUCAAUACUGUAAUCGAGAGAAAUCCUCAGGUAGUAUCCAUAAAGAUCUUGUAAGC